GAAAGAUUCAACAAGAAGGUGGAAAGACUUCUACGGUGAAAAGUAGGGAGAAGCGUGUGACGUUUGAAGAUGACGUGGAGGUUGAGGUGACGACCGAUUCGUCUGAUGAAACUGAAGAAUCGGAGUCGGCCACUAUGCGUGCUGCUUCCAGGUCUAGAUCUAGAUCAAAUCUUCGCGUUCAAGAAGGUGAGCAGCGUUUAUUGAUUGAAGGACGCCGUGGUCUUCAACAUAAAGCACCAGAAACUGGUAGUGGCAUAAUGAAUGGGAAGAUUGAUGAAGAACAAGAAGAUGUUGUCGACUACAGCAUCAUGGACGAGAACAAUAUCGACCCCAUGGAGAACAAUACCACGAACAAUACGAACAAGAAUACAACGAAUUAUAUCAAGAUUAACGGCCAAGAAAACCAUAUUAACCAUUGGUCUGACAUCACUUCUCUUGUUAUCGUCUUCUUACCCAACUUCCACGUGAAUGGCAUCCCGUUUCCCUCGCUGCAAUCUUCGGUGGAACGCUAUCUGACUGUGCGUCGUGUCUUUGGGCCAUUGACGAAUCAGUACAUCGCGAUUACGCUGUUCUUAGAGGGUCGUCCUUCGGAGGGUGAAUCUGAGACGAUGACGACGCACCAAACCUACGGCAACAAGGAAGGAAAUUCUUUGCAGAAGGAGUUGGUCUCCAAGCUAGAUCGUACUCGCUUUUUGAUCCGUGCAGUAGCCUUGGCGGCGGCCAAUGAAGCUGAAGAAGAGGCCGAUGAAGAAGAGGCCAAUGAAGAAGCGGACAAUUAUAAUGGACAAGACGAAGAGGAGCAACAACAACAACAACACGAGCAGGCACCUCAACCUCAGCAACCUCAUCUUCAAGUUGAUGAAAAUCCUGCCAAUCUUCAAGAACAACGAGACGAGGAGGAAGAAGAGCCUAUUCAUUCGCUCACUAAUCUGCGUGCAUUGCUGUGCGACACAGACAUCUGGGAAGUUACCCUGGCAAGAGAAUUGGAGGAUAGAUUGGAAAAAUGUUCCUCUUCUACUUCUAUGGAAAGAUCUUCUUUGGAUGGAAGCAGCACGAUUUCUACUUCUACAACGUCGAGUGAUGAACAUGAUUGUAGUUGCGAACAUCAUCUUCGUGGACCGGCACGUCGUAGAACACGCAGCAGAACACCGAUUCUUGGACGACGAGUACCGCGAACAUCAUCUUCGUGGAUUCUGGGACAUCAUCCUCGUAGAGCAUGCGGAGCAAGGUCGAAGUCAGCUGCCUGAUCAUAGCCUGAUGAGCCGUGCGUCAAGAACGGUGUGCUAAUGAUGUAUGAAAGAAGAGAAAAUGCGGUUGUUGAGGUUGUGAAGCUGGAGUUGACCUCUUAUCGUGUACUUGUUUUUUGGCAUGACUCUGGCUUCAUGUGAAAAGUAGUAAAGGAUCAUAGAACUAGAAGAGGAACCACGUAUACAACUUGUGGCUGACACACGACAACCAAACUACAUUUGACGUCCUCGCGGAGAUUGGAGAGAUGUUGAAAAGUGACGGCCUACUUACAAAAUCAAAAUGAACUAGAUGAGUAUGAAAUCAAGAGGCAUUCUUACUACUGUUGAGAGCAAGGAAUUGACCGGCGAUGAGCAUGAUUUUAUCCUACUACUCGUCCUAACAGCUUAUUGUAUUCGUAAAAAUCGUAAAACUGAAAGAGCAAAAACAAGAAUUUGAUGAUUAACUGCUCUCUAAUAUCGUAUGUAUUUGUACUUCUAUGUUCUUUGAUGUUUUGAGUUGCAGUUUUCAACGUCACCUCAAGUAGUGCAUACUGCUAUUUGUACUACCUUCUCAAAACUUAAAUGAUCGUCCUGUAAUUCCAUAUCCAAAUCCAUAUCCGUAGUUUCUUCAUCAUAGCAUUGUAAAAGUGGAUAAACAUGUGCACAGAACCAACUCCACCAUAUUCUAGAUCUCGUAGAACACUGAGGAUCAUGAACCGAAUAUUAGGUUUAUAAAUGCCCACUGUUCCCUUUCGAGAGGACCGACCCCAACAACCGCGCAAGAAGAACGUUGAUUUUUUUCCCGGCAACAAGAACCUUAUUGAAGAUCGAAGCUAACGACCUGUUCCUCAUUAUUGAAAAUCGCAACGACCUCUCAUUCGAGAGGUUAGCACUUCCCUCACAAAAAUGAUAUUGCUGUG